AUGGAGACUCAAUUCCUGUGGCCCAAUUACAACAAGACCACUCAGCUGUGUGUGGGGGACCCGAAGGAAAAGAAGUCUUCCUAUAAGGGGGACUCCGGGGGCCCUCUCGUGUGUAAGAACGUGAUCCAGGGCAUUGUCUCCUAUGGACCAAUACUCGGCAUUCCUCCAGGGGCCUUCACCAAAGUCUCAAGUUUCCUGCCCUGGAUAAAGAAAACCAUGAAGGGGCCGGCCCGGUGGCGGAGCGGUUAAGUUCGUGCCCUCCACUGUGGCUGCCCAGGGUUUCGACCCUUCAAAUCCUGGGCACAGACAUUGCACCGCUCAUCAGACCAUGCUGAGGCGG